ACGACACAACACAAGUCACAAAUGCAAAAUAGCGAGCAGUCUACGCAUAUAUAUGUUUCGUACUCUUAACCUUAAAUUGGCAGAGUUUUAGUUUUAUAAACAUGGCGGACGCAGCUGGAAAUUGGUGUCUUAUCGAAAGUGAUCCCGGUGUUUUUACCGAGUUAAUCAAAGAAUUUGGAGUAAAAGGAGUUCAAGUUGAGGAGUUAUAUAGUCUUGAUGAUGAGCAAUUUCAAAAUCUAAAACCUAUUCAUGGACUUAUAUUUUUGUUCAAAUGGGUACAAGAUGACGAACCGUCUGGUCCAAUUGUCACAGACAAUAGGCUGGACAAAAUAUUUUUUGCUAAACAGGUAAUAAACAAUGCCUGUGCCACACAAGCAAUCAUCAGCGUAUUGAUGAAUACUAAACACGAUGAUAUUCAACUUGGUCCAAAUUUGGAAGAAUUCAAAUCUUUUUGCCAAGCCUUUGAUUCAAACAUGAGAGGGUUAGCUUUAAGUAAUUCUGAUCUUAUAAGAAAAGUUCAUAAUUCAUUUGCCAGGCAAACUUUGUUUGAACUCGACAAUAAACAAGCUUCAAAAGAUGAUGAUGUUUUCCAUUUUGUGAGUUAUGUUCCUAUUGAUGGACGGUUAUAUGAAUUGGAUGGAUUGAAAGAAGGCCCUAUUGAUCUUGGACCAUGCCCGGCAGGAGAAGAUUGGGUACAAGCAGCUAAACCUACAAUUGAAAAGCGUAUUAAAAAGUACAGUGAAGGUGAAAUUCAUUUCAACUUAAUGGCAUUGGUUAGCGAUCGAAAAAUGCUAUAUGAGAGAGAAAAAAGUUUGACAACAGAUCCUGGUGAAAUUGCAAGAUUACAAGCCCUCAUAGAUACAGAAAUAUGGAAAACAAAAAAAUACAGGGUAGAGAAUAUUAGGAGAAAGCACAACUAUCUUCCUCUCAUUAUGGAAUUAUUGAAAGUUUUGGCAAAAGAAGGUAAACUUGUACCUCUAUACCAAAAAGCAAAAGAAAAGGUUGAUGCAAAAGAAGCAAAAAAAAAUAAACCUUCAACAGCAGCAACAACAACAACAUAA